GUGCAUCUGCAGGCAACGACUCGUCCGGUUUGCCGGUGAGCUCCACGUCUCUGCGCCCCUCGUGCGACUCGCGACUCGCGGAGAGGUCGAAGGGGUCGAGAAGGGACGGGGGCUGGGACCGAAGCCACUUGAGGAGCCGAAGCCCGUGGCCGCACGGACUGCGUACCUUCCUGAGCCGAAGCCCGCGGGUCCGUGCGCGGCGUUCCGUGCUGCGGCUCGGCUCGGGGAAGACUCCGCACCUCUUCCUUUCACCGCCGGCCGACGAAAAGCAGCCUCACCGGUGGCCGAGAGCGAGACCGAGAGAAUUCAGGACAUGUCCUGCUUUUUCAGUGAAGAACGGCUGACUUGA